AAUACUACGUAGGGCCCAGAUCAGAUAAAAAACUAUGCAUAGUCACGAGGAUCAUUGCAAAAGUGAUCAUUUCUUUAUUGAAAACACACCCAUAAAUCAAACAUACUGUAGAGACAUGUCUAUCACGUAAUUGCCAUGCCUUAUUUCGCGACAAACUACACUUCUUUUGGCCACAGUUGUGAUAAUGUGUGAUAAUUGUUUGUGUAUGCAUAUUAUGACCGUUUAAUCAAAAGAAAAUUAGACGUUUUAUAGCGCUACCGCUCAACGGGCUGCUGUGUGCGCUCCCGCGGCCACAAAUCAGAUUCUGGCAGACGAUCACUUUUUGGCACGACACCGGCUCCCAUGUUAGCAGGUUUGAGUGUUUGCACGCUGCCUGCGUGAUACGCGCAACAAAAACAUGUGCAUGCUAGAAAUGGGACAGUUUGCCUACUUUUCACGCAACACGCAAGGCGUUUUAAAAACAGUUUAACAAUAUUCAUAUGACAUAUUUUCUCAAUGGACAACGUAUUAGCAAAUUCAUUAACAAAUAUUUAAUGUGUGGCAAUAUUUGUUUUUCUGCUGCUAAUAUAAGCAAAGAUAUGCUGCCAAGCCUCACAAAGGAGGACUUGCGUGACCUUUUUCCUGGUCCAGAACACUUCCUGAGAAGGAGAACCAUUUGGAGACUCAGUCAUGAUGAAAAUGAGGGUCAAGAAUCAGAGCUGCAUAGACCAGGAAGCAGUGAAUUCAGCCCCACCCACCCACCUCCUCUUCCCCAACAUCCAUUUCCUUCCUCUUUGUCUUCCUCCAACCCUCUCCCCUCUCCAUCCCCCAUUUCUUCUCCAUCCUCCCUCCCCUCUCCAAGCCCAAGACCCCAACAUGGCAGAAUGGUACAACUUGUCAGCCCAACGUAUGUCAUAUACACAGACACAGAAUUAGAGCUUGCAAGGAGUGCCUUCUUUGACCAACAGCGUGCUGGAAAAGAGGGAGACUUUAGCCUGUCCAAAGAUCUUCGUUGCAGAUUAAUAAGAAAUACCACCACAAGCAUGAUUGCAAUCAAAAGAGCAACAGAGGAUGAUUUUAAAUAUCCAUGCAACCGGGAGCUCACAUUUAUGGCAAAGCGCCUCGUGGACUACUACCCAAUGCUUCGGGACCAAUCUGCCAAGAGUGGGGCUGAGUGGGAAUAUCUGAAGAAACAGCUCCUAAAAAGAGUCCAAAAUGUUUCAACUCCUAAAAAGCAGCAGGGAGCAACUCCUUUGCGAAAGAAGGCACAGAGACUUAGCUUUCAGUCCAGACAGGAGACGUCCACUGAUGAGACUGAUGACUCCACCACCUCUACUGUGAUCUUGGAGAGAUCACCACCACGCUGUAGCACUCCAGAGAUUGAACAAUCGUAUGGUAAGUGCACAAAUUGAAAUGGUGGAUAUUUUUUUCAGUAUUAAUGGAGCUUCUAUUAUUACUUUGAACAAGGACAAUUCCAUGUCUAAGUAAAUUCAGCAAUGUUAUCAUGCAAUUUCAAACCUUUUUUGUUCUGGAUUAUUCAUCUAUUAGUGUCCUUUUUUAAAGGAACACGCCACCGUUUUAUAAAAUUGGGAUAUUCACCGUCUCCCCUAGAGGUAAAUAAGUGGGCAAACGCAUUUGUCUCAGUGCAUGCAAUGUCAUAGUCUGGCAGCGCACCUGCUAGGUUAGCUUAGCUUAGCAUAGUGAAUGGAAUCCUUUGUAGCCAGAUAGUAUGUCAUGAGUAAAAGUGAGCCUCUGUCUUCACAACCAGUACAAAUGGCAAUGUAGAUUAAGACGAGGUGAUCUCCUAGGCACGUAUUGACUUCGCCUCGUCUAAAUUUGCAUAAGCUAACCUAGCGGGGGC